AUGGCAACAACAAAUCUCGAAGCAGUGGAAACAGCAAAAACGAUAUCCGGGCCACAUACCCUUUUCAAUUCCUCCUUUAUAAUCGAGUUCCUCGAACCUCCACCAACGCUGAAUGCCACGGUCCUUAUGCGAACAAUCUACCUUACACCUGCCAACAGUAAAGGGAAACAUCACCCCCAGUCUCCUCCCUUGCACCUGCAUUUCGAUCAAAGCGAAACAUUUUAUGUGGCAAAAGGGAAAGUCGGCACGACGCUCGGAUGGGCCGCCCAGGACCAAGCGUGGACGAGCGAGGACGGAGCUUUCGAGAUCGAGCCCUGGGUGCCGCAUCGUUUCUGGCCCCACCCUGAAGCACAAGAAGAUAGCGUAUUAUAUGUAUGGGCGCAUCCCACCGGAACGCCGGACCCUAUGGACCGGCUCUUCUUCGAAAACCUCUUGCUUUACAUGAGCGACGUUGAGGAAAAGAAGGUAUCGCUCAGCCUUAUUCAAAUCAUGCUUAUGCAGUAA